CAGAAGGCAGGCGGCAGCUUCGCCUCCGCCGAGAGACACCCGCUCAAGAUGGCAGAUGUGUGUUGAGUUUGGGGGGCUGCGAUCUCGCGUCGUUCGUGGCGGCGUUGCCAUGAAUAACAGGCGUCCUUGCACCGAUGGCCCCCAUGUACGAAGGUAUGGCCUCGCAUGUGCAAGUUUUCUCUCCUCAUACCCUUCAGUCAAGUGCCUUCUGUAGCGUGAAGAAACUGAAAGUGGAGCCGAGUUCGAACUGGGAUAUGACUGGGUACGGCACACACAGCAAAGUCUACAACCAGGGCAAGAACGUGCAGUCCUCCCAAGCAGCCGCCGCAGCAGCCGUCAACGCCUCCCUGCAGAUCCCCAACCCCAGCAUCCCUUACGAGCAGACCAUCAUCUUCCCAGCAAGCACAGGGCACAUCGUGGUUACAUCUGCCAACAGCACCUCCGGCGUGGUCGCGGUGUCUGGGCAAACGCUGGGCGGGCCGCACAACCUGAUGCGUCGCAGCACUGUGAGCCUUCUGGACACCUACCAAAAAUGUGGACUUAAGCGCAAGAGCGAGGAGAUUGAGAACACAAGCAGCGUGCAGAUUAUCGAGGAGCAUCCGCCAAUGAUUCAGAACAAUGCCAGUGGGGCCACUGUAGCCACCGCCACCACCUCCACGGCCACUUCCAAAAACAGUGGCUCCAACAGUGAAGGGGAUUACCAGCUGGUGCAACAUGAGGUGCUCUGUUCCAUGACCAACACGUACGAAGUGUUAGAGUUUCUUGGCCGUGGAACCUUCGGACAAGUAGUCAAAUGCUGGAAACGUGGCACUAAUGAGAUUGUGGCUAUCAAGAUCCUAAAAAACCACCCUUCUUAUGCCCGGCAAGGCCAGAUUGAAGUGAGCAUCCUGGCUCGGCUGAGCACGGAAAGCGCGGAUGACUACAACUUUGUCCGUGCUUAUGAAUGCUUCCAGCACAAGAAUCACACAUGCUUGGUAUUUGAAAUGUUGGAGCAGAACCUCUAUGAUUUCUUAAAACAAAAUAAAUUCAGUCCCUUGCCCCUUAAGUACAUUCGGCCAAUUCUCCAGCAGGUAGCAACUGCCCUAAUGAAGCUGAAAAGCCUGGGACUGAUUCAUGCUGAUCUCAAACCAGAGAACAUCAUGCUGGUAGACCCAUCCCGACAGCCAUACAGGGUCAAGGUCAUAGACUUUGGUUCAGCUAGCCAUGUGUCUAAGGCUGUGUGUUCUACUUACCUUCAAUCCAGAUACUACAGAGCCCCUGAAAUCAUCCUCGGUUUACCCUUUUGUGAAGCAAUCGAUAUGUGGUCGUUGGGAUGUGUCAUUGCAGAGCUGUUCUUGGGCUGGCCCUUGUACCCAGGAGCUUCAGAGUACGAUCAGAUUCGCUACAUUUCACAGACGCAGGGCUUACCAGCAGAGUACUUGUUAAGUGCAGGGACAAAGACCACGAGGUUUUUCAACAGGGAUACAGACUCACCAUAUCCCUUGUGGAGGCUGAAGACGCCAGAUGAUCAUGAGGCAGAGACGGGGAUUAAGUCAAAGGAAGCAAGAAAGUAUAUUUUCAACUGUUUGGAUGAUAUGGCACAGGUGAACAUGACAACGGAUUUGGAGGGCAGUGAUAUGUUGGUGGAGAAGGCAGACCGGCGGGAGUUCAUAGAUCUGCUGAAGAAGAUGCUGACGAUAGACGCGGAUAAGAGGAUAACCCCCAUUGAAACUCUGAGCCACCCUUUUGUCACCAUGACACACUUGCUCGACUUCCCUCACAGCACACAUGUCAAGUCCUGCUUCCAGAACAUGGAGAUUUGCAAGCGGCGGGUGAAUAUGUACGACACGGUGAACCAGAGCAAGACACCAUUCAUCACCCACGUGGCCCCAAGUACAUCGACCAACCUGACCAUGACUUUUAACAACCAGCUCAACACAGUCCACAACCAGACCACCAACCUGGCUCCCACCUCCUCCAGUGCCACUAUUUCCUUAGCCAACCCCGAGGUCUCCAUACUAAAUUACCAAUCUGCACUCUACCAGCCCUCAGCGGCGUCCAUGGCUGCGGUGGCCCAGCGGAGCAUGCCCCUGCAGACGGGAACAGCGCAGAUCUGUGCCCGGCCAGACCCCUUACAGCAAGCCCUCAUCGUCUGCCCUCCAGGCUUCCAAGGGUUACAGGCGUCCCCUUCGAAGCACGCCGGGUACUCGGUGCGGAUGGAGAACGCCGUCCCCAUUGUCACCCAGGCUCCUGGGGCCCAGCCUCUUCAGAUCCAGCCAGGACUCCUCGCACAGCAAGCAUGGCCCAGUGGCACUCAGCAGAUCCUGCUCCCUCCUGCCUGGCAGCAGCUGACCGGGGUGGCCACCCACACUUCUGUCCAGCACGCCACCGUCAUCCCGGAGUCCAUGGCAGGCACCCAGCCGCUGGCAGACUGGAGGAACACGCACGCCCACGGCAGCCACUACAACCCCAUCAUGCAGCAGCCCACGCUGCUGGCCAGCCACGUGGCCCUGCCUGCCGCCCAGCCCGUCAACGUGGGCGUCGCUCACGUCAUGCGCCAGCCGCCCGCCGCCUCCGCCAGGAAGAGCAAGCAGCACCAGUCGGCUCCACGCAAUGCAUCCACCUAUGAAGUUUCAUCCUCCCAGUCCAUCAGCUCGCCCCAGCGGUCGAAACGAGUGAAGGAGAACACGCCUCCUCGCUGUGCCAUGGUGCACACCAGCCCUGCCUGCAGCACCUCGCUGACGUGCGGCUGGGGGGACGCGGGCGGCGGCGCGCGGGAGCGGCAGCGGCAGACCAUCGUCAUCCCCGACACCCCCAGCCCCGCCGUCAGCGUCAUCACCAUCAGCAGCGACACCGACGAGGAGGAAGAGCAGAAGCAUGCACCCACCAGCACCUUGUCCAAGCAGAGGAAGAAUGUCAUCAGCUGUGUCACCGUGCAUGACUCCCCCUACUCCGACUCCUCCAGCAACAACAGCCCUUACGCCGUGCAGCACCGCACAGGGCAGAACAAUGGGAACAGCUACGACACCAAAGGGGUUCCAGAGACUCACUGCAGUGGGAACCCCCGAACCAUCAUCGUGCCACCACUGAAAACCCAGGCCAGUGAGGUGUUGGUAGAGUGCGAUAGCCUGGCACCAGUCACCACCAGUCACCACUCAUCCUCCUACAAGUCCAAGUCCUCCAGCACCGUGACCUCCACCAGCGGUCACUCUUCAGGGAGCUCGUCUGGAGCCGUUGCCUAUAGGCAGCAGCGACCAGGAGCACAUUUCCAGCAGCAGCAGCCUCUAAAUCUAAGUCAGGGCCAGCAGCACAUCUCGACUGACCGCGCAGGGAGCCACCGGAGACAGCAAGCCUACAUCACUCCAACGAUAGCUCAGGCCCCGUACUCCUUCCCGCACAAUAGCCCCAGCCACGGCACGGUCCAUCCCCACCUGGCCGCCGCCGCUCACCUGCCCACCCAGCCCCACCUGUACACAUACACGGCCCCCGCCGCCCUGGGCUCCACGGGCACCGUCGCGCACCUGGUGGCCUCGCAGGGCUCGGCCCGGCACGCGGUGCAGCACACCACCUACCCCGCCAGCAUCGUCCACCAGGUCCCCGUCAGCAUGGGCCCGCGCGUCCUGCCCUCGCCCACCAUCCACCCCAGCCAGUACCAGGCUCAGUUUGCCCAUCAGACCUAUAUCAGUGCUUCUCCAGCCUCCACAGUCUACACUGGAUACCCACUGAGCCCCACCAAGGUCAACCAGUACCCUUACAUCUAAACACUGGAAUAAAGAGCGAGAGAGACACACCCGGCCCGGGGGGAGUGAGGCAGCCGCUUUUGUAUUGAAGAACAUGACAAACUAACAAUGCAAUGGGAGGCUCGCGUGAAACUUGAACGAAGGAGACUUUAGGAAGAAAAGAAAAAGAGGAAAGAAGGGGGAAAAACCAAUUCUACAAUUUUUAUUUAAAAAAAAAAAAGAAAAUGGAAAAAAAGAACAGAAAAAAAAAUAAACCAGAAAAAAAAAAAAACAACCAUUCUGCACCAAACUAGAGAGAAAGAGAGAAGGAGAAGGACCCUCCAGCGGGUCCUGUCUUUUGAAGAACUUCACCAACAGACUUUUAAAGGUUAUUUUCAUCCAAUAGUGAGCUGCAUUUAGAAAUUUGUUGUCCAGAACACCUAAAAUGAAAUCCAUUAGGUUUUUAAUCCUGUAGGUAUAUGGAUUAGGGAUUUAUCCAGCAUUUCAAAGGGUUUAUACAGCAGUUUUUGUAUCCCAGGGUAUACAUAGGUUUGGGGGGAUUUUUAACAGAAAAAGAAAGUGGGUAAGGGAGGCUGAGGGUGGAGGACAAAACAUUGUCCCAGUGCUCUAAAUUUGGGCCUAACACUGCUACCCUUAAACACACCUGGGCAAAACAGGCCAUGCAGCACUGGUUGAGAGCAGAAGCAAUGGGGGUGUUUCUCCCUCUUCUUGAACACACUGGAUAAAUCCCUGAGAAAUGCUAUUCCUAAACAAGAUCUCUAAUAAUGUAUGUUGGAUUUCAGUUGCUUCUUUUUUUUUAGUUUUUUUGUUUUGUUUUUUUUUGGAAGUGUUCCUUUUUAAUCCCUAUCCAUUUUAGUAUAGGAGGAGACAUUUUAGCUGCCCUCAACCCCCUGCC